AUGAAAGGAUGUUCUAAACCGGUGGAACCAUACGACCCUUCGCCUGCCAAUGGGAGGUUUUACACUCAGCCAGGCAAAGGUGCCAUUUUAUCGACUGGAGAGGCUGAACAUACUCCCAAUCGACAGAAGAAGACCAUCGAGGAAAUCAACAAAGAGAUUGACGAGACAAAGGAUAUUUUGCAUCACAAUAUCGAAAGUGUCUUAGAAAGAGGUCAAAGAUUAGAUCAACUAGAUGAGCAAACUCAUCAGCUAAGUAUCUCAUCAAACACUUUUGAUCAAACCGCCAGGAAGACCAAUAGGAAAAUGUGGUGGAAAAACCAAAAAUGGACAAUCGCCAUUUGCGUAUUAGUACUCGUGAUUUUGGCUGGAGUCAUCGGAGGAGCAAUCAAAGGUUCAGAGAAGUAA